AUGUUGCAGCAGCAGCAGAAUCUGAUGGAGGCUCUGACCGUCAAGCUAUCCAAUUCAUCCAUGGGCCAAUCAAGCGCGGCUGGUGGUUCACAUUCUGUCGAUCACCUUGCCAGCAGCAUCACUGAUUUCUUGUAUGACCAGAAGGCCCAUGUCACUUUCGAUUCCAGGUACAAACGAUACGAGGACUUGUUCUCUGUCGAUCUGUCUGCCCAGGACGAUGCAUGGAAGGUUGUUCUUCUACUUCGCAAACUGGGUUCGGCUGAACACGAGCGUUAUGCCAACUUCAUCCUCCCCAAGGAUCCCCGAGAAGUCAUUUUCAAGGACACAGCUCAGACGUUGUCGCAGAUUUUUGUUGACCAGUAAUCCCUUUUCAAGACUCGAUUUCAGUGCCUGAAAUUGUGCAAAAGAGAUUACGAUGAUUUCAUCACGUAUGCGGAUAUUGUCAGUCGUGAGUUUCGGCGUUUACAACUCGGUCCUCUCACUGAAGAUCAGGUUAAAUGCCUUAUAUUUAUCUGAGGGCUCCAGUCCCCCAAGGAUACUGAUAUUCGGACACGUCUCCUGUCCAAAGUGAAGCAGAACAACUCAAUCACACUCCAAGAGCUGGCAGCAGAGUGCCAAACGCUGAUCAACCUCAAGCACUACUCUGUACUGAUUCAGAACCCUGCUUCAUCUUUCUAUGUCCAUUUGGUCACAUUGACCAAAUCGCGGCCUAAGCAAGUGUCGAAGACGAGAUCAUCGCCAUCCCCUUGUCGGUUCUGUGGCGCGUGGAAUUUCCAACGGAAUUGCACAUUCCGCCAGUAUCGCUGCCAAAGCUGUAAUCAGGUGAGACACCGUGAUGGGUUCUGCAAAUCAGUACCAGCUUCUGGAGACAAGCCAGCCCCCGCCAUUCCUAAUUCCAGGCACCGUUUCCGGCCAGAACGCAAGCCCAAACACCAGUCCGUCGGUAAUUCUCUCAGUCUCUUGGCUGCUUCCCAGCUCAUUGCGUCUGGUCGUAGAAAAUUUGUUGACGUUUUGCUCAACGGCCAUGCAGUUUGCCUACAGUUAGAUACAGCCUCAGAUAUCACUAUCAUCUCUGAGAGCCUCUGGCAGUCCCUUGGCAGCCCCAUGAUGCAGCAGACUUCCAAGUCAGCCACAAGCGCGUGCGGUGGUCUCGUUCGGCUAAUUUGGCAACUGCAAUGCUGUGUGUCGUUCCGCGGUACCAGCAUCACUGCAAUCUGCUACAUCACCCAAGUCUGA